GGGUGCCAAUGGUGGUCUGUGUAGGUUCCCAGGUCGAGCGAGUCCCAGGAGGAUAUCGUGCCCCAUAGUAUAAGUUGGGAGCUCAGCCCAGGACUCUGCUGCUGUACUGUGGCUGACGGUGUUGCAACCAUAUCCUUGAAAAGUAGACUACAUGGCGGUCGGCAAGAAUGCUGAGGCGGAAGCAAAAUUUCAAUUGAAACCUUGUAUCCAGAAAUCUUCAAUGUUCAUACGAACCUGUGAUAACACCCUACAGUCCUCUGGCAAGAUCUGUGCAAGAUGGAUUCUUAUCAGACCCCUCUGUCCUCCCGAUAUGCGUCCAAGGAGAUGUCCAAGUUGUUCUCCAACGCUACCCGAUUCGGGACUUGGAGACAGUUAUGGCUGAGCUUGGCGAUUGCUGAAAAGGAGCUCGGUCUGGCCAUUUCGGAUAAAGCCAUCGAGCAGAUGCGAGCGAAUCUCGAGCUGGAUGAAGCUCAGAUGAAGGUCGCAGCGGAGGAAGAGAAGAAGCGAAGGCACGACGUCAUGGCGCAUGUCCACACAUUCGGAACCGUUGCGCCAGAGGCAGCUGGAAUCAUUCACCUCGGAGCGACUUCGUGCUACGUGACGGAUAAUGCCGACCUCAUCUUCCUGCGUCAAGGCCUUUCCCUCCUGCUCCCAAAAUUGGCCAUUGUCAUUUCUCGUCUGACGACUUUCGCCGAGAGGUAUCGAGAUUUACCGACGUUGGGAUUCACUCAUUUCCAGCCUGCUCAAUUGACGACAGUGGGCAAACGAGCGACGUUGUGGAUCCAGGAACUGCUCUGGGAUUUGAGGAAUCUGGAGAGGGCAAAGAACGAUCUCGGAUUCAGAGGAGUCAAGGGAACAACGGGGACCCAAGCCAGUUUCCUCGCCUUGUUCGAAGGCGACCACGACAAAGUCGAGCAGCUCGACGAACGAGUCACGGAGCUCUCGGGAUUCCCUUAUGCCUAUCCCGUCACUGGUCAAACCUAUUCGCGAAAGAUUGAUGCAGAUGUCCUUGGACCACUGUCCAGUUUCGGAGCCACAGUCCACAAAAUCUGCACAGAUAUUCGUCUGCUCGCCAACCUAAAAGAGAUCGAGGAACCGUUUGAGAAGGAUCAGAUUGGAAGCUCUGCGAUGGCUUACAAGCGCAACCCUAUGCGAUGCGAGCGCGCUUGCUCGCUAGCUCGACACCUCAUGUCCAUCUACCAAAACACUGUCAUGACAUCUUCUGUCCAAUGGCUCGAGCGGACCCUCGAUGACAGUGCCAACCGUCGAGUCACAAUCCCCGAAGCAUUCCUCACUGCUGAUAUCCUCUUGUCGACCCUUCAGAAUAUCUCCGAGGGCAUGGUCGUCUACCCUAAAGUCAUUGGCCGACGAAUCAGCCAAGAGCUACCAUUCAUGGCCACUGAAAACGUCAUCAUGGCUAUGGUCAAAGCUGGUGGAGAUCGACAAGUCUGUCACGAAAAAAUUAGGGUCUUAUCUCACCAAGCCGGAGCCGUCGUCAAGGAGCAAGGGGGUGAGAAUGACUUGAUCGAGCGGAUCAAAGCCGACAGCUACUUUGAACCCAUUUGGUCUCAACUGGAGGCUCUCCUCGACCCAAGUACGUUCAUCGGACGAGCUCCACAGCAAGUAGACAAAUUCGUGCGAGAUUGGGUUCAACCUGCCCUCAAGCCAUACGCUGAGGACUUAAAACACAUUCAGAGCGCAGAGCUGUCCGUAUAG